AAGGUUCAACCCCCCUCGAAAGGAUAUUUCCUGGUUAUUUCCUGGAUAUUGCGAUCCCUGGGACGAAUCGCGUCAGUGAUCCAAGAAGAGCCGGACAUUAUCGUUAUCCUGGAUCUGCUUGUAGUACGACCUUCGUACCGAUUUUAGUGAUCGAAUCGGCUCAGUGAAAUACUUCGGUCGGCUUUUCCAGCAACCAAGCCAUGAAGCUAGCGAUAUUAUUGGCAGUGGUGUGCUGCCUGGCGAUCGGAUCACUCGCAACACCAGUGCCGAAGAUCUCCGAAGAGAAAUCAUCGAACCUGAACGUCGUCGCGACAGGAAGACAGGCGGCAGUCCAACCGCCUGUGGUUAGUGAAGAUGACGAUGACGACGACGACGACGACGACGACGACGUUGACUUCGAUAUCACCGGUGACGACGAUGAUGACGAUGACGACGAUGAUGAUGAUGACGAUGACGAUGACGACGAUGAUUCCGAUUAUUUGGAACGGUUCAUCGAGGACAUACUAGGUGAUGAGGACGACGACGACGACGACGAACCCACCGCAUCCGUUUCUCCGGUGGCAGCAGCCCAACCUGUAGUUCAGCAGCUUCCGGCUGCCGUGGAAGCGGAUUUGAACGCGGCCGCCGCGGAAGCGGAACAAGCCGCCGCUGCGGAUGCAAACGAGCCGACAGCGGUCGAUUCGGACCCGACCGGCGCUGACGAGGACGAAGGUAAUACGGUGCCGGAGGUUUCCGGCCAGGCGGUUUCCGGCAUCCACGAAACGCCGCUCGACGGUGCCGAGUCUGUCGCGAAUCCCGUCCACGUGCCCGCCGUCUCGACCAAUGCGGCCGACAGCGAGGACGACGACGACGACGACGACGAGGACGACGUCGAUCUCGUCUACACCGAGGACGACGACGACGACGACGACGACGAUGACGAGGAUGACGACGACGACGAGGAUGACGACGAUGUCGACAGCAUCGCCGACAUUGCUGGCGCCAGACACGCACGUGCUAUGCAGUCAGAGCCAAGCAGUGACGUAUCGGCGAUCUACGUGGCGAAGUAUAAUCGUUUCGUAGACACAAUCCUUGGGAGAAUCAAUAAAAUUUUGCGCAGCAAUUACGAUCCGGUGACAGUAAAGCUUUCGAACGCGAACACCAAAUCGAAACUGAACAAACAAAAGACGAAAAGCAAACUAAAAAAGAAGACCGGCAAGACAGAAGCGAAGAUAACCACUAACUCCGUUGUGGUCUCUACGAAUGAAAAAAUGAGCGAAACUCCACUUGAUAAUGCGCAGAAAAUAAUAGUAUCGUCAGGAAAUAUAACUGCGUCUGCGGCAAAUGCGGAGAAAGAUGUAUCAACAGUUACCACAUCUGAAAUUGCAAGCAGAUCGACCGUAGAAACUGCCACAAAAUUCCCAAGCAGAAAAAUCUCUUCUUCCAACGCAAAGAAAACUAAUAAAAAUCGCACCACAACAAAAAAUAAGACGAAAGCUCAAUCUACAACAAAUAAAACUAAGGCGAAGAAGAACAAGCCAAAAGCUCGAGCUACGCUUUACGGACUCGCGAGCCUUCAGAGGUCGGGCGAUGUUUCAGUGAACAUGAUGAGCGACCACACCAUGAUUAAAACGAAGUUCACCCUGGGACCACUAAUCCUAAAAGUCGAGAAGGAAUUCGGCCGAGCCGCGAAGAAAGAAUUGAGAAGUGCAACUGCAACCACCGCUGAAAUGUCCGGAAAGUUGAGUCUUCGAGUUCUUCACGGUGGUGCCGCAACCUUAAACUCUAUUCGAGUUCUACAACCAAAACAGGUUCGAGUGGAGAGCGCCGACGACCACGACAGAACGCGUGAAUUCGUGUGGAAGAGAUCGUCGCACAUUGCUCACUUGGUAUCAGAGAAACUGUCGUCGGCCACGAAAUCGAUGCUUCGACCUCCGCCAGUUGCAGUGGUCGCCGCCUAAGUUUCUAUCCUCGCUGCAGUUGGUCUUAGUGAAACCAUCCAAUAGUACCAUAAAAAUCAACUAACUUGACCGGAUUCUGCAUAGUUCACUUUUAUGGUACUACACACCGGGAGUAAUCUCGUCUCGAUAGAUUCGGACGCGUAAAAUUCACAGAAAUUUUACAUUUCACUUAGAGAGGUUCCUUAUGGUAGUUGGGAUAUUUAUUUAUUCGCUAAUGUACCAGUGAAUUAUCCUUCCGCGUCUGAAACUUCGAUCGACUAUCGAAAUACUCAAGCGUAUACGUAACAAAUUCAUUUUUAAUUGUCCUUGAAAAGCACAACGUUAUUUAUUGUAAUUAUUCGUUCAGCAUAUAUCUAGCGCCUAUGUACGAUAUUUUGCUCGAUAUCUUGCUAUAGAAACUGAAUAAAGAGAUCUGCCAUCUUAUUAGGUUCAAUUAUGUGUAAAUUGCAAAUAUUUAUACAAACACAAAUUUCUAUUAAGCAUUUAUAUAAAGGCUCUAUUUUAGUUCAUUUUAUAUAGUCAAAUACGUAACGAAUGCACAAAAUUAAUAAUUUACAAUUACAUAGACAACGAAAGUCAGAAUGGAACGUUUGUGAUACUUGCUACAAAAUCAACUAAUUGUAAGGGAAAAGUGAAACAAUAACUUUAUUAUAUCUGUUAAUCGAUUUACGAUUGAAUACGUAUUUGAUAUUAUAUAAUGUAUAAAAAUUGCAGUCCGAUUAGGAGGAGUAAAUUUAUGUUGGAGCUACGAUAAAAGCUAUAUUGGAAUCGAUCAGAGCUAUGAUAAAAGCUGCGAAAGAUUUCUUUCUUUGGUUUGUUUGUAAUAGAGCUAGGCGAAUAGCCUAAUUUCAGACAUUUGAAUAUGUGAUUCUAGAGAAGAAUUGUUAUUAUCUUCAAGUUUAGUAAAAUAUGGUAUAUUGAGAAAAAUGCAUAUAUUGCUCUGCUCGUUGCUGCAACGUAAACACUCCUAUAAUACAACAACAAUUCAAUUCUCAUCGACGCUCUUAUUAUUUAUCGUAACUCCAAUAUAAACAGAACCUGACUUAUAUCCCUGUCGAGACAUUAAUUGAUUAAAGAUAAUCAACAGUUAAAGCUUAUUUGCAACUUACUUUGGUUGAAGGCAAGAAAUAAAUAUUAACUGAAUAUUUUCAUUUAUUUAAUAGUUUCUCUGAAAUAGUAUAUCAUAAAGGCCUUUCCCGUAAAUAAAGUGACAAUCUAAAACGGAAAUCAUUUUUAAAUCCAAUGAUAAGAAUAAUUGUUAUAAUGUUGUAAAUUGUUUUAAUUAGUUUUCCAAUCACUGAACUGAAGCAAGUUGUAGAUUGAAAUCUUAUUUUUCAAAUUCAUAUCGUAGACAAACAAUCUGGCAAGUGAAAGAUGAACGUUCGACAGACUAAUUAACUUAAUAAUAUUUUAAGUGAUCAGUACGGGGAUAUAAGUGAGUUACGAAUUUCUGCUUUCAUUUUAGACCAACGCUACUUUAUCCUUUAAUCUAAUUAUUUAUUUAUUUAUUUAUUUAUGAUAGUUUAACUAAACCUAAGACCGAUUCUCAUGUGAAACUAUUUCCUAUUACAUUCCCACAUACCUACAAUCAUACCCCAGUUGAGCUUACAUUUAAGGAGUCGAAGGACAGAAAAGAAUCAAACUUUUGUACCAUUGUUCCAUUAUUGCAAUGUAUAAUUACUUUUACAUGUAUCAUUAAAUUAUAUUAAAAAUAUUAGAUUAAAUGUAUUCUCAGAAACGGGA